GACAGCUUCCCGGAAAACUGGACCGCGUGGACGAGGGGCUAUAAGAGCCGGCGCAGCGGCACGUUUCAGCCAAAAUCAUCUUGCUCGCUCACUGAGACAUAAGCACUUAAGACUGAGCUACUCCUGCAAAUACAUCGCUUACAAUGGAACUUUUCUGUGGAUUACUUCAGAGCAGAGCAUCUAAGAUGUCCAGUUUGUGGAUCAGCUUGGCUUUUAUUUUCUCAAUGCUUUCCAUGCAAGUUGAGUGUUGGUCUUACUUCUACUCCAACACCACCAUGAACUGGGAGCAAGCCCGAGCGUGGUGCCAGGAGCACUACACCGAUAUGGUGGCCAUCCAAAACCAGGAGGAGAUCGGCCAUCUCAACACGUGGCUGCCCAAACAGGCCACCUACUACUGGAUCGGGAUCCGUAAAAUCAACGGCACCUGGACCUGGGUUGGCACCAACAAGUCUCUCACGACUGAGGCCACCAACUGGGCGAAGGGGGAGCCCAACAACGGCAUGAACGGCAAGAUCCUUGGCGACAGUGAGGAUUGUGUGGAGAUGUACAUCAAAAGGAGCUCGGAGCCCGGGAAAUGGAACGACGAGAGGUGCAAGAAUAAGAAGACGGCUCUGUGCUACACAGCUGCUUGCCAAAAAGACUCAUGCGUCUACGGAGAAUGCGUGGAAACCAUAAACAGCCACAGGUGUGAAUGCUUCCAAGGCUUCUAUGGAGACAAGUGUCAGCAUGUGGUUCAGUGCAACAAAAGCGAGCUGACCCUCCCUCCCAAAGGCAGCGUUGUCUGCACUGACAAGUAUGGCAACUUCACCUUUGAUUCAUUGUGCCAGUACUCUUGCGAAGAAGGAUACCAGCUCAGUAAACCGGAACCCUUAAGGUGCACUGCCACCAAAAACUGGUCACAUCCACCACCUACAUGUGAAGCCGUCCAGUGCCCCGCUCUUCUCCACUUAACCAACGGCACAGUCAGUUGUGGAGACGAUCCGGAGACAAAGUUCAGCUACGGGAAUAGCUGCACCUUCAGUUGCGACCUCGGCUAUCGGAUGGAGGGGCCGAAAAGUGUGACGUGCACGUCGGCCGCACGGUGGGGCGAGAUGCCACGUUGUGAAGCAAUCACAUGCCCCGCCCCGGAAGCUCCCAAAAGCGGCCACAUGAACUGCACCCCAUCCCUAAUCCCGUCCCGAAGCCUCUUUCCUCACGAUACAAUCUGCACAUUCAGCUGCCAGGAAGGCUUCGAGCUCCAAGGUGCGGUCAGCAUGGCGUGCACGCACUUCGGCGAGUGGAACGUCGCACCACCAACAUGCAAAGAGUCCACGUCUGAGGUGGGUGCCAUUGCGGCCGGCGCGACAAUAGGUGGCGCUGUUUCCUUAUCUGCUCUGUCUCUGGUGAUGUGGAUCAUGCGACGCAUGAGGAGGAAAGCAAACAACUUUGAACUGAGCAGCAACUCCGACAUCGAAGACCCUCCUCAGGUGUACAAAAACAGCAUUGACAGCCUCAUCUAGGAUCGUGACGUCACCUUCGAUCCAUAAACGACACUGACCAUGAGAUCAUUCCAAAAGAUGAAUGAAAAAAAAAUGUUGUCCUUCUGUCAUGUCGCUGACACGUAUUUCCUCCCAAAGGGAGUUAUGGUAUUGAGCACAUUGUUCGGC